AUGCAUGUUUGUAUUUUUCUACUUGGGGAAGUUUUAGAAACUAGUUUUAAAUCUCCACUGAGCGAUCUGAAAUCGGUUCGUUCCAAAACUUCCCCAUCUUCAACUGAAAUCCAGCAAAAAUCCAAUCAAUAUGAUAGUAUCCUUUCUCAACUAGAUCUGAUUCAUCGUCAUCUGAAUGAUAUUGAUCAUCGUGUGGAUGAUUUUAAUUAUCGUUUGAAGGUGCUUGAAAAUUUAUCUGUUAGUAAACAACGUCAAUAUCAACCAACUGAAGAUAGUUACAAAAAAUCCAUUCAUUGUGACGAUGGUCUUAGAUUUUGA